AUGGACAACACAAGUAAUAAUAAUAAUAAUAAUAAUAAUAAUAAUAAUAAUAAUAAUAAUAAUAAUAAUAAUAAUAAUAAUAAUAAUAAUAAUAAUAAUAAUAAUAAUAAUAAUAAUAAUAAUAAUAAUAAUAAUAAUAAUAAUAAUAAUAAUAAUAAUAAUAAUAAUAAUAAUAAUAAUAAUAAUAAUAUUAAUAAUAUUAAUAAAAAUGAAGAAUUAUUUUGGAAAGUUAUUAAGAAUAAAUUUCUUUUCACUUUAAUAUUUUUACAUAUUGAAACAACAGAAUGGAAUAUUUACAAUGACCAUAGAGAAUUUAACACUGGAAUAAAUAGAAAAAAAUUUAAAAAUAUAAAAUCAUUCCAAUGGAUGGUCUCAAAAAAACAAUUUCAAUUAUUAAAAUAUAAAAUUAAAAUUGGUGAACAAAUCAAUAUUGACAAAAAUGGAAUAAUUGAAUUAUUUAAAAUAAAUAAUAAUAAUAAUAAUAAUAAUAAUAAUAAUAAUAAUAAUAAUAAUAAUAAUAAUAAUGAUUUAAAUAAUAAUAAUUUAAAUAAUUUAAAUAAUAAUAAAAUUUUAAAAGAAUUAUUAUCAAUAAUAAUAUUUAAAAUUGAAAAUAAAGAAAUUAAUAAUUUUGAUUUAUUGAAAAUUGCAAUUGAAUUAAAUAAUAUUGAAUCAAUUGAUAUAUUAAUUAAUGAACCAUUUUCAUUAGAAAUUACAAAAUCAAUUUUAGAAUUUUCAAUUUUAAAUUCAAAUCCAAUUAUAAUUAAUAAAUUAUUAAAAAAAAAUAAAGAAAUAAUAAUUAAUCAAGAAUUUAUAGAAAAAUUAAUAACAUUAAUUUAUAAUAAUAAUAAUUUAAAUAGUAAACAAAAAGAUGAAAAUAUUAAAUUUAUUUUAAAUAAUUUUAAAGUUUCAUCAUUUAAUAAUAAUAAUAAUGAUUUUAAUAUCAUUGAAACAAUAUUAUCAAUUGAAAUAACUGAAAAAUUAAUAGAUUUAAAUUUUUUUAAUAAAAAAUCAAUUAAUUUUGAAAAUUUUGAAAAUAAAUUUGGAAAGAUUAAAAAAUAUUCAAUAAUUGAAUUUAAUAAUAAAAUUAAUCAAUUAAUUAAUAAUAAUAAUAAUAAUAAUAAUAAUAACAAUAAUAACAAUAAUAAUAAUAAUAAUAAUAAUAAUAAUAAUAAUAAUAAUAAUAAUAAUAAUAAUAAUAAUAAUAAUAAUAAUAAUAAUAAUAAUAAUAAUAAUAAUAAUAAUAAUAAUAAUAAUAAUAAUAAUAAUAAUAAUAAUAAUAAUAAUAUAAAAGAAUUAUAUAAUUUAUUUUCAAAAGUUUCAAAAGAAUUUUAUGAAAUUUAUUAUUCAUUAAAUUAUUUAAAUGAUCCAAUUUUAGAUUUUAAAAUUAUUUUAAAAUAUAUAUUUUCAUCAUUAGAUAUUGAAAUUUUUAAAUUAUUUUUAAAUAAUUUAAAAAUUAAAAAUGAAAAUGAAAUUAAAGAAAUAAAAUUAAUUAGUCAAAAAAUUAAAUUCAAAUAUAUGGCAUCAAUAGUUCAACUACCAAUUAAUCAUCAAUCAUUUUUAAAUUUUAUUAAUCUUUAUACAUCAAAUGAAUCAAUAAUUCAAAAUAAUCAUUUUGAUGAAACAAUUUUAAAAUUUAUUUAUAUGACAUCAAAAUCAAACCAUCAAUAUAAAGAAUCAAUAAAUAAUAUAUCAUCAAAAUGUUUUAAUAAAUUUUCAUUUAAAUUACCAAAUCAUUUUAAUCAAUAUCUAUCAAAUAUUUCAUUUUAUAAUCCAAUAUUUAUUGAAAAUUUUGAAAAUGAUUUAAAUUUAUUAAAAAGAAUUGAAUAUUGUAAUAAUGGUAAAUUUCAAUUAAAUGCAUUAGAUUUUUUAAAACAAUCAUUUGAAACAAAAGAAUUUUUAAUAAAUUACUUUUAUUCAAAUCAAUAUAAAGAUUUUAAUGAAUCAUCAUUUAAAUUAUUAAUUUUAAUAAUUUCUGAAGAUCAAAAUUAUUUUAAAAAUAUUAAAUUAAAUUUUAAUAAAUUUUUUAAUCAAUCUUCUUUAUUAUUAAUAAAUUCAAUUUCAAUUUUCAAUUCAAAAAUUAUUGAAUUAAUGUUUAAACAAAAUUUUAAUCCAAUAAUUUCAAAUACAAAUUCAUUUAUGGAUCAAUUUGAAUUAACAUUUAAUCAAUAUCAUGAUAAAAUCAAUUCAAUCAAUUGUAAAUUCUCUUUUAAAUCAAAUAAAAUAAUUUAUAAAUCAUAUUCAAAUACUGAUGAAAAUCAAAUUAUAAAAUGUAUUGAAUUAUUUAUUGAACAAUUUAAAAUUCAUUUCAAUCACCCAAAUACUUUAUCAAUUAUAAUUAAUUUAUUAUUUAAAAUUUUAAUUAAAAUUAAAAAUGUAUCAAUAGAAAAACUUUUAAAUAUUUAUAAAUUAAUUAAAGAAACAAUUUCGAAGAAUUUUCAACAACAUUCAUUAUAUCAUUCACUAAAUUAUCUUAGAAUUAAAUCACCAAAAUUUUUAAAAUAUAUUUUAGAUAAACCAUUUUUAACACCAUUAUCAUUACCAAUACCAAAUACAAUGAUUUAUUAUUAUAAUAUUAUUCAAAGUAAAGAAAUUCAAAAUUCAAUUAAUCCAAAUUUAUUUACAUUUGAAUUUAUUUUUAUUAAUUCAAAUUUUGAUGAAAUCUUAGAGAAAUUAAUGUUUAAUUUUACUUUUAAUUCAAUAUUAAAUCAGAAUAUUCAAUAUGAUUUUAAUUUAUUAAAUUCAGAAUUAAAAUAUUGUUUAGAAAUUAGAAGAUUUGAUUUAUUUUUUAAUUAUUUAAAAUUAAUUAAUUGGAAUAUUAAUAAUUUUAAAUUAUCAAAUUCAUUAUUAAAAAUUUCUUUUAAAAUUUUAAAUUAUAAUUUAUUUAAAAAUUUAAUAAAUUAA